AUGUAUUUCAACACUUCCGCCAUCCUCGCCGGCCUCCUCUCCAUCGCUGCCGCAGAAAGACUCGGUCCCCUACGCACCCGCGCCUCCUCCAGCUUCCCCAUCCCCGCCAGCAAAGGCUCCGUAACGUACUCCUCAGCAAAAACCAUCUCGGGCACUUUCGACGGCGGCUACAAGACCUACGGACGCGGCGUCUCCUGCGGCGGCCAAGCCGAAGGCGGCAACUCUGAUGCCGUGUUCCUUCUCGAAGACGGCGCUACCCUCAAAAAUGCAAUCAUCGGUAAAGACCAGAGUGAGGGUGUGCAUUGUCUAGGCGCUUGCACGAUUCAGAAUGUGUGGUGGGAUGCUGUGUGUGAGGAUGCGUUGACCUUCAAGGGUGAUGGUGACGGUAAGGUUAUUGGUGGUGGUGCUCGUGGUGCUGAGGAUAAGGUUAUUCAGCACAAUGGUGUUGGGUCGAUCUCUAUUGAUGGCUUCACCGUUGAGGACUUUGGAAAGCUUUAUCGCAGUUGUGGUAACUGUAAGCAGAAUGGCGAUGCCAGAAAAGUCACCAUCAACAAUGUCAAGGCUACCAAUGGCAAGUACCUUGUCGGCAUCAACAGCAACUACGGCGACACUGCUACCAUCACCAACACUUGUGCUUCAUCUGUCAAGCACAUCUGCCAGGAGUACAAGGGCACCAACAAUAAUGAUGAGGAGCCUUCUACUCUUUCGGAAGGUCCUUCUGAUGCUUGCAUCUACGAGGAAUCUGAUGUUUCUGUCUGCUAA